GCAGAAGACACACUGGAACAACUAAGGGCCGAUUCCACCGUUGUGUUAAACGGAGAUUAAAAUGACAUUGUUAAUGUAAAAAUGUCAUUUUAAACUUCGUUUAACACAACGGUGGAAUUGGCCCUUAGUUGUUCCAUCGAGAAUCGACCCCCAGUGGGACGAACGAAAGAACCUAUAGCCAUUGCUCGAAAACGCUAUAAGAUUCCCGCCAUUUUGAAACUAUUUGGUCUUGCGUUGUGGAGCUGUUUUGUGGAGUUUGUUUUUUUAGGCGCUUAAGUGUGGUAGUUGUUUUUGUUCCUCCAUGGUUGUUUUAUUCAUGCCGGUUAAAUAAGUAGUACAGAAAAGUUUAUUUAAAUAAAAAUUUGAAGCACCUAAUAUUCAAAAUCAUGUCUGAAGAGAACGCAAAUGAUAGCAACCCUGAAAUUGAUGAAGAUAAUGACGAUCCUUCCAUAUUAACAUUAAACGACGUAUUGGAAAUAGAAAACGAGUUGAUUGAGAACACUGCUGCAGUACUUGGGGCUGCAAAUGACAAAACUUGCUCUUAUGCUGAGGGUUACCUCAAAAGACAAGCACUCUACUCCUGUCUCACGUGCAUUCCUGGGGCUAAAGAGGAUCCUGAAAAGGGAGCAGGAGUUUGCUUGGCCUGCAGCUACCAUUGCCAUGAAGGCCAUGAUCUUGUAGAAUUGUACACUAAGAGGAAUUUUCGCUGUGAUUGUGGAAACUCGAAAUUUUCUAAUGCACAAUGCAACUUAUUAAACGAAAAAACUGAUAAAAAUGAUCUAAACACUUACAAUCAAAACUUUUCUGGUUUGUAUUGUGUUUGCCAUCGCCCUUUUCCAGAUAUGGAGGAUCCGGUACCUGAUGAAAUGAUUCAAUGUAUUAUUUGUGAGGAUUGGUAUCAUACCAGGCAUCUUGGAACAGAAGUACCAGCUAAUAAUUUUGCUGAAAUGAUUUGUGAGGCCUGUAUUACCAAACAUGAAUUUUUAUUGCAUUAUGAUUCAUUUAGUAUGCUUAAACCUCUGAGAACUACUGAAGAUAGCACUGUAGAUGUAACUACUGCCCCAAAUCCAAAUGAUUCAGAAGAAAAGGGCAAUAAUGUAGAAGCAGAAACUCCAGCUGAUUGCAAAAAACCAAAAGAAAAAUCUCUCAAGAUUUGUGCUAAAUUUUGGCCAGAGGUAGGCUGGCGUAAAGAAUUGUGUACAUGUGACGACUGUCUUAAAAUGUACGAAAAUCAAGAUGUAGCAUUUCUUUUAGACCAUGAGGACCCAGUACAUCUAUACGAAGAAAAAGGCAAAGCUAAAAUUCAGGAAAUUGUUGAGGAUCAUGACAAACAAAUCAUGAAAUCAAUGAACCGCGUCCAAUUGGUAGACUGUAUUGCAGGAUACAAUGAUUUGAAAGAAAGACUUGGUGAAUACCUCAAAAAAUUCGCUGAAAACAAGAAGGUUGUUAGAGAAGAAGAUAUAAAAGAGUUUUUUGAAGAGAUGCAUGCACGUAAGAGACAAAGAGUUGAUGAUGUUGAAGUUCCCAAUUUUUGUCGCUAAUUUUAUCUGUUUUACCUAAACUGUUUUUCUCAAAUAAAAAUAUUUACAGACUCAAUUUUAUUAUUAUUAAUUA